AUGUUUUUAAAGAUCGCAUUAACAUUAUGUUUGAUCUCAAUCAUCUUGAAUGGAUCAACACUGGCUAUAUGUAUAAACAAAUGUUUGAACAUUGGUGAUAAGUGUUCGCUGGCUGAUGCUUCAUGUCCGGAUAAUGCCUACUGCAAUCCUACUUCCAGUGUUUGUGUACUCAAGGUGGCACCAGGUGGCCCAUGCACCUUCAUCACACCCUGCCUCAACUCCUACCAGUGUAUCAACAGCACUUGCCAAGCAGCCGCGUACUUGGGCGUGGACGAGGUCUGUGAGACCACCCUCCAAUGCAACUCUGGCCUAGAGUGUCGCGCCAACAUCUGUACCAACGCCAACUACCCAUCCUGCUCGUCCAGCUUUGUAUGCCGCCACAACGAGACCUGCCAGAGCAACAACUGUGUGUUGGCCGUGAGCAACACCAAGCAGUGCACGACCUCGGACCAGUGUAGAAUGUUCUCAACCUGCUCCAAGCCCAGUGUUGACGCUUCCGGUCGCUGCUCCGUGCCAUACGGAGUGCAAAAGGGAGGCAGUUGCUCGAUGGACAACACAUACGGAUGUGAUGUUUCGGCCAACCUGACCUGCGCGCUCAACAACACUUGUGUGGAGUUUGCCCUUGAGAUAUGCACCCGAGUCAACUCGUCGGCCGUCAAGACCAGUCUGUCCAAUCUCCAGCAGUGCCAGAUAGACUUCCAAUGUCCAGCUGUGAGCAAUCCUGCUGUGCCCAAGUCAUGCUUCAUGAGACAAUGUCCAGAGGUGAUUCGUAACCUUACCAUAGCAUCUGGUGGAUGUCCAUCCAAUGAUACCAUCUCGACCAAUACAACGACCACCACUACAACCGGUACAGUUGCCACAACAUCCACCACCUCAUCAUCGACCACAACUGCAACAUCCACUGAUCCUCCCAAGAAUGAGUGUGGCCAACUCGUUAUGAUGGAUUUCAACCUCAUUAUCAUGGUGUUACUCGCAUUCAUCUUUGGUCUUCCAAGCAACUAA